CCCGCAGCAGCACGCCCCGCCGCCUGGAGCAGAGCGAUGGAGAUGGCAGAGGCGGAAUUGCACAAGGAAAGACUGCAAGCCAUAGCAGAAAAAAGAAAGAGGCAGACUGAAAUAGAAGGCAAGCGGCAAGAGCUUGACGAGCAGAUACUCCUGCUGCAGCAUUCCAAGUCCAAAGUGCUUCGGGAAAAAUGGCUGCUACAGGGUAUACCUGCUGGAACUGCAGAAGAGGAGGAAGCCAGAAGGCGACAGUCUGAGGAGGAUGAGUUCAGAGUCAAACAACUUGAAGAUAACAUUCAAAGGCUGGAACAGGAAAUACAAACACUAGAAAGUGAAGAGUCCCAGAUAUCUGCCAAAGAGCAAAUCAUCCUAGAGAAACUGAAGGAGACAGAAAAAUCCUUCAAGGACUUUCAGAAGAGCUUCUCCAACACGGAUGGAGAUGCAGUAAAUUACAUUUCCUCUCAGCUCCCCGACCUGCCAAUCCUCUGUUCACGAGCAGUAGAGUCUUCACCUGGGCAGGACGGAACCAGCAGAGCAGCUGGUGUUGGAUGGGAGAGUUUGCUGCUAAAGGGAGACGCAAAAACCUUAGGGGUCUUAGAAACAUCCAGCGCAGACAUGACUAUCCAGAAGCCUUCCCAGCUUUCGGAGGAUGCUGUCCGGCUAAAGAUCGAGAGAGAAAACUGUAGUGCCAACCUCCCGGAGCCUGCUCCCAGCUCUCUUCCCCCAGAUAAUAAAAACAUGGAAAUUGAGGUCUCUGUAGCAGAAUGUAAAAGUGUUCCUGGCAUCAACUCUCCGUCACAUUCGCUGGACCACCCCUCCCCUUUCUAUUCUCCUCCCCAGAAUGGCCUCCUCGAUGAUCACCACGAAUCUCUGGAUAACGAUGUGGCUCGAGAGAUCCGCUAUCUAGACGAGGUGCUGGAGGCCAACUGCUGCGAUUCUGCUGUGGACGGAACCUACAACGGCACGUCCUCCCCAGAGCCCGGGGCAGCCGUCCUGGCGGACAGUCCCAGCCCCCCUGCGCACUCAGCCCAACAGCCAGAACCCACUAAGCGGGCCCCUGGCAGGCCGGCCCCGCCUCACAUUGAACUCAGUGAAAGCCCCUCUGGCACCAUGGCAGAGGGUGGAAGGGUCAACGGCCACUCCCCUGAGCGGCCCAGGGAUGUGCUGGGGGACAGCCUGCAGGCACCUGUGAGCCCCAGCUCCUCCACCAGCUCCCGGGGCUCGUCCCGAGAUGGGGAGUUCACGCUCACCACGCUGAAGAAGGAGGCCAAGUUUGAGCUGCGUGCCUUCCAUGAGGACAAGAAGCCCUCCAAGCUCUUCGAUGAUGAUGAGCGUGGCAAAGAGCAAUACUGUGUCAGGAAAGUGAGGCCUUCAGAGGAGAUGCUGGAGCUGGAAAAGGAGAGGAGGGAGCUCAUCCGGAGUCAGGCGGUGAAAAAGAACCCUGGCAUCGCGGCAAAGUGGUGGAACCCUCCCCAGGAGAAGACCAUCGAGGAACAGCUGGACGAGGAGCAUCUGGAGUCGCAUAAGAAGUACAAGGAGCGAAAGGAGAAAAGGGCACAGCAGGAGCAGAUGCUAAUGCAGCAGCAGGUACAGCAGCACCCCCCACAGCCCCCGCCACUACUCUGCACGGCCCCCGCCUCUGGCUUGAUGGAAAAUGCAAAGGAGGACAUCGUCACCGAGCAGAUAGAUUUCUCUGCGGCUCGCAAACAGUUCCAGCUGAUGGAGAAUUCCAGGCAGCCUGCGGCCAAGGGCCAGAGUACACCCCGGCUCUUCUCCAUCAAGCCCUUCUACAGGCCUCUGGGGUCCCUCAACUCAGACAGGCCUCUGACCGUUUCGAAACCAGCCUCUGUCAGGGCUGCUCCCGAAGACAGUGGCUCGUUGGCGACCAAGGAGCAGCGAGCUAGCCCUGGCCCCGAGAGCAGCACUCCUCAGGGGAAGGAAGGGUCGUGUGGCGAGCCCUCCAAACGCGGGCCCUUGCCCAAGCCGUGGGCAGAGGACGGUGAGUUUACGAGCGCCCGGGCGGUCCUCACCGUGGUCAAGGAUGAUGACCCUGGGGUUUUGGAUCAGUUCUCAAAGUCAGUCAAUGUCUCCUUGACCCAAGAGGAGCUUGACUCUGGUUUGGAUGAGUUGUCAGUGAGGUCCCAGGAUACCACCGUCCUGGAGACGCUGUCCAAUGACUUCAGCAUGGACAACAUCAGUGACAGUGGGGCCUCAAACGAGACCACCAGCGCCCUUCAGGAAAAUUCACUGGCCGAUUUUUCUCUGCCCCAGACUCCCCAAACCGACAACCCCUCAGAAGGCCGAGGAGAAGGUGGCUCCAAGUCGUUUAGUGAUCACGGUUUCUAUUCCCCAUCCUCCACGCUGGGCGACUCUCCAUCCAUGGACGACCCCUUGGAGUAUCAGGCUGGCCUCCUGGUGCAGAACGCCAUCCAGCAAGCCAUCGCUGAGCAGGCGGGUGGAGCUGUGUCAGAAACCAGCAAGGGUGUCGCACACAGGCAGGGACCUGAAGCUAGAACUGGCCCUCCCAGCUCAGAGAAGCCCCAGAACAUGUUUGAGCCACCUCAGGUGUCCUCUCCUGUUCAAGAGAAGAGGGAUGUAUUACCAAAGAUCGUGCCUGCUGAGGACAGGGCACUCAGGGAAAGGGGAACCUCCCAGCCAUUGCCAGCAGUGCAGUCCAGUGGCCCAAUAAACAUGGAGGAGACCAGACCGGAAGGCGGCUACUUCAGCAAGUACUCAGAGGCAGCUGAGCUGCGAAGCACGGCCUCACUCCUCGCCACUCAAGAGUCUGAUGUGAUGGUUGGGCCCUUCAAGCUGAGGUCAAGGAAGCAGCGGACUUUGUCCAUGAUCGAAGAGGAAAUCCGAGCAGCCCAGGAAAGGGAAGAGGAGCUCAAGAGGCAGAGGAGAGUCUUGCAGAGUGCCCCGAGCUCCAGGGCCAAGAACGCCCUGUCCCUGCCCUCCCGGACUUCCUGCUACAAGACAGCCCCGGGGAAAAUAGAGAAAGUCAAACCUCCUCCAUCCCCCACUCCUGAAGGCCCCAGCUUGCAGCCUGACUUAACCCCUGAAGAGGCUGCCGGAUCCCAGCGGCCCAAGAAUCUGAUGCAGACCCUCAUGGAAGACUAUGAGACCCACAAAUCUAAAAGGCGCGAGAGAAUGGAUGAUAGUAGUUACACCUCUAAGUUACUGUCUUGCAAGGUGACUUCCGAGGUCCUUGAGGCCACACGGGUGAACCGAAGAAAGAGCGCCCUGGCCUUGCGCUGGGAGGCUGGCAUCUACGCCAACCAGGAGGAAGAAGACAACGAAUAAUAAACUUCCUUCCACCCAGGAAGCUUCUUUGGUGCUUGGGUUACCAAGAAACCAAAACAUCAACACAUCAAGCAUUUUAAUGGAAUAUUUAUUAAAGUGCAAACAAACUCAGCAAUCCUUAUGUAGACCAGCAGCUGCAAUACACAGUGAUGAAAAAGAAAAUGAAAAGAGAAGUGCACCCAUCACACUCUUACCUCCCAAGAGUCAAAAGAGAAAGGGAUUUUUGGCGACUCAAAAGAAUUGCCUGGUUUUGGACCAAUCCACAAUUGAUGCAAAAGGACAAAGACGUUCCAAGCAAAUCCACACGGCUGCGACAGGCAGGGCUGAGGCCUUGCUGGGUGACGAGGAAGAACAAUGGUGAUGGGGCCUGUGGAGAGCAGGGCCCUGAGCUGUGCUGUCUGGGCCUAGGCUACUUCUCUGGGCCGUUUCCCACCCACUGCACCCAGCAUCGCUGGGGUUGGGUUCCCUCCAUUUACUCUAGCAGCCAUGAAGUGAAUAAUGUUUUUCUCUAUAUUUGCCCAGAAGAGGCCAUUAUGACUCCAUUUCUCUUACAUUGAAUUGUUUUUAAUUGGGAGCAAUUAAUGAUUGCAAUACAUAAAGUACACAUUUUUAAGACAAUAUGUUAUAUUGCAAACACAAUCUAUUCUACAUUAGGAGGUUGAGAAAGGGGGAGAAAGCCAAACCAAAAGGAUUAUUUUAGCUUUAGGAUCUCGUCUGCUUAUAAUAUUGACUGAUCUGCAGUUUAUGAGAACACAUUUUCAGUUAUGUUUCUUCAUAUGAAAACUAUUUAGUGGGUAACAACUAUUUUUAUGAUGGGAUGGGGGAAUAUAUACAUGUAUAAAAUCUGUACACAUUGAACAGCUUGGUUCAAGAUGGUGGGGGUAUUUUUAGAAAGGCAAUAAUUGAAAAAGGGCGAACUCUGCCUUAGAGAGAGAACAGGAAAUAAACAGGUGUUUAUAACUAUAUUUUAUACCAUAAAGUGGACUUUAGAGAUAGUAGGAAGAAUGAUAGAUUAUUUUGGAUCAGUUAGAAAUGAAACAUUAAGGAAACGUCAUGAAGGUAAAGGUGAAGGGAGAAAGAGAGAGAAUAAAGGAGUCAAGAGAUAAUAUUUUUGUUGAGCAACCAGUGUUUUUCAGGAUUAUACAGAGAAAAAUAUAGAAUAGAAAUCUAGGCUUGGAAUCAGCUGCAAAUCCUAAAGAUGGUGUGUGUGUAAAAGUGUGCAUGUGUGUGGGUGUUUUUGUGUGUUUGUGUGAUAUGUAUGUGCUCACGGUUAAGGAUAUAUGUGUGAAGAUAAAAAUUCCAGGAUGAUCACGGGACAAGGGUGUACAGUUAUUUCCUCCAGAGCUGUUUGCCAGCAUUAGGAGUAAGUGAGAAUUUCUUUUUUAUGAAAAGGGAUAUAGAGGCACUGAGCUGAUGCAGUAUUUGUGAUAUUAAAUUGAUCUAACAUGGUAGUUGUGUGAGUCACAGUUGCAAAGUUUUGAACAGUUUUGUAAUUUGACAUUUAUGGAAGUAUCAUAUUUAUUCUCAUGCUUUAUAUUCAUGCUUAGUAUACUCUAGAAGAAACCAGCUGUACUCUGUCAUUUAAAGCAAUAUGACCAGGGUAUUCAAUAAUCGGGUGCCCUUAAUUUCUGGAUGACAAAAAUUUUCUGUUUUCAAAAAAAACAAAAACUGACCAGCCUUUCCCAUUCAUCCCCUUUGUUUUAAAACAGAGGUUUUUAAAAAGCAAUAAUCAAAUCAGACCUCACUAAAAUUCAUUUUUGUUUUUAUAUUGUAUGUCACAAGUUCUAAUAUGUUAUUCUGACAAGUAGCAAUUUCACAAGAUUUGUAUGUAAUGUUAUGCACAUUAUCUUUGCUCUUAUUUGACUAGUGCUGACUUUCGGAGAAGUUUUCAUUCAUAGACAAGUGGUAGGCACAACAUAAAAAUGGAAUUGUCUGAUAACUUUCAAGGAUCCUUGAAGACUGUCAAGGGAACCUGCAAUUUGAAGCCAAAUUCUGCAGACGGGUAGUCGGCACCAUGUGUGUGUGGUUCCUUCUCUUGGGUAGUCUGAACGAAUCUUCAACAAAAUGGACUGGCCACGGGGACAUAAAGCAAAUUAAGAUCCCUGCCAUAAGAAAUUCAUUUUUCCAAUGCGGGAGGUAAACAUGGAGACAGACAUUCCCGGGAAGAUGAGAGGUGUGCUAGAUUAGAGAUCAGAAAGCUGAGAUUCGACCAGAAGGGAUGCUUACCCUGAGGAUGCUCGUUUCCAAGAGUCAGACAGACGGGUGGUACCUCAUGUGGUCUCAGGCAUGCAAGGAUGGCUGGAGAGCAGAGUGGUGUAGUCUGGUGCACAAAACCCAAACGUGCCUAAUGGUCUUUUGCGCUGACAGUGGACCUGGGAGAGACCCUAGACAUGAUAUUGACAAACUCUCCCUCUGUCUCACCAGAGGACACUGUUCGGACUCCUCUGAAGUUUUUUUGUUCUGUUUUGAAGGAAACCACAUAUCCAUCUCACAUCUACCUUUGAGAGAGAAUCUCAGCCGAAUGAAAGUCUAGCAGGCAAAAAAAAAAAAACCAAUUCAUUCAAAGGACUUGCAUUAGAGGCAGACAAGUUGACUGGACCAGAGCACUGACCGCAUAGCCUCAGGGGCCCAGGUCCUCUGGUCCAGGCUCCACGUGGAGGUGAGGCCACAGACACAAGAGUCCCAUGACCCUGGCAUGGUCACACAGCUGCUUGACUGAGGCCUCUACGUCUCUGACCUCUGCCUGUUUGUUCCCUGACACUGCCUUCUGGGAAAAUGACUGCUGUUCCUCACCCCACUCCUCAUCACCCCAUUAAAAUGUACAUUUCAGUUGCCUUGGAAGAGCCAGAUUUUCUGUGCGCGCUCGAGAUUUUUAUUCCCUCGAGAAACCUGGGACCGCAGCUUUGUACAGAGUACCGUACUAGGCUCUGGGACCCCACAUGAACCCCUUGAAUUAACGAAGACACAACACAUCCGAGGAGGAAAGUUGUUCCUGCCUAAUCUAAUCGAGAAGAAGAGGCUAAUGAAAAACGUUCUUGGGUGCUUUGUCCCUACCCUCCAAUAGCACGCGAGCUUGUUAAUUUCUACUAUAACAAAAGUUUAGAUUCUGUAGCUGUUACAAGCUUUCCUGAGAGUAUUUCAUUCUGCAGUGUUUAAGAGACGCUCACUUUCCUCUGGAGCUGAUGAACUACUGACAUGCCUUGGCUUUCUCACGCAGAGAUGGAAACAGGGUUUGUCAGUGGCAGGAGGCCGGGCUGUGUUCUGCUGGGAUGACGCAAUGCAAUUUCCUCGCCUCUCUCCACCCAUGCAUGCUGCCUGCCCUUGACAGUAACAUAUAAGCAGUAUCUAUAGAUCAGUGUCACAUAUAUACACAACACGCACACACUCACAUGUAGCGUACCAAGGAACGCUGAAAUAAUGCUGACUCUUGUCUCUGAAGACAAACAUUUUUUUCCAACUAAAGAAUGGAUGUAAUUAAACUAUGUAUUGAAAAAAAAAUAAAAUAGCCUAAGUGUUUAGAGAUGGUGACUAUAUCCAUUUUUAGUGACAGAACCAACUUCCUGAAUUUUAAGCAUUCAGUGAGUGAGCUGCCAAUUUUGAUUUUGUGUUGCUCUUUACCCAGAUGAUUUUUUUUUUUUCUGGAGGAGGAGCGGGGAUAAAAACAGCAAUCCUGUGUUUGCAAAUUAUAUUCUGUAUCUGGCUCUCCUGUGUAUGUUAACCACUUAAAUGUUACUAUCCUGCUUCGGUUUUAUAGUGAUUGUGAGGCAUUCGAUGCAAGUAUACAAUUAUUUUCUCAU